UCAUCAGUUUUUCCAGCCACCGGAGUCCGCAUGCCGUCCGACCUUUUCCUUGGAACUGGAUUUACCCCAUGGGACACCGUUACGGUGGAAACUCCCUUUGUUUACCCACCUCAAGAAUCGGUUUUCUCGUUCUCAGGUUCCGACGACUCCACCCCAAAAACAAAUAGCUCUAACUCCGGCUCCGACGACGGGGAACCCGAGCAGAACCUACCGGAAGUCGACCCAAUUGACGAACGUAAGCGGAGACGGAUGAUAUCCAACCGGGAGUCAGCACGGCGAUCCCGCAUGAGAAAACAAAAGCACUUGGAAAACCUGAGGAACCAGGUGAACCGGCAUAAGACAGGGAAUCGAGAACUAAUGAACCAUUUACGGUUUGUAAGCCACCAUGGACAACUUGUACGGCAAGAAAACGAAAGGCUCCGAUCGGAAUCAGUGAUGCUCCGGCAAAAACUUGGGGACAUACGUCAAGUACUGCUCGUCCGGCAGCUCCAGAGCCAGUUAUUUUCGUCUGCAUGGCCAUGCAACAACAACGUGACGUCCAUGAAUGAACAAAACCCACCGUCAUUAAUUACAUAAAGCUUAUAUAUAUAUAUAGAU